UAACCAUGUCAACAAGUCACCCAAUGAAGCUCCAUGACGUCACGCACCAGGAAGUCAUGUCCAUUGAAUCUACCGGCUUCUUGAAGUUGUAUCCCGUCCUAUGGUAGCGCUUUCUGCGGGACGCACGAGAGAUGUUGCUGCUGGUGCUGAGCGCCCUCCUCCUGCUCUUCUGCAACCUGGACGUGUGGUACUUCCUGCGGGGGGCCCAGGUCUUUGUAGAAGCAUGGUUCCUGCCCAGAAUAGAGGAUAUACUAGCUGAGCAAAGCAUCGACUGCAUGGUCCUUCCCAAUGACUUAGACUACCUGGGCCACAUGAACAACUCUCGAUAUCUGAGGGAGUGUGACUUCGCCCGCUUCCACCACUACAUGAGAAACGGGCUGUUCAUGGCCUCCCGCAAGCUCGGGGUCAGAUUGGUAGUGGGGGCCUCCACCAUUCGGUACCGGCGCUCUUUGGCUUUCAGGGAGGCUUUUCAGAUUCGCACCAAAGUGCUGGGCUGGGAUGAGAAGGCCUUUUACCUAGAGCAGCGCUUUGUGUCCAAGAGAGAUAGUUUUGUGUCCGCAGUCAUGCUCUGUAGGCAGAAUGUGGUGGGCAGCAGCCCAGAAAGCAUCAUUGAAUUUAUCUACAAGAAGCAGAUCGAGUGUCCACAGUUUCCGGAGGAGCUCAAACACUGGAUCAGCUUCAUCUCAGCCAGCAGCCAGGCGCUGAGAGCGGAGAGCGGCCUGGAGGACAAGAACAAGUGAAGACGCACCAGGAUACUCUGGUAUCACGAGUGGAGACGCAUAUCUCAGCAUUGCUCACACUCAAACAUACCCACACCUUUUAGAGAGUUUUAGUCAACUUCAAAUAUUCAAUAUAUUCUGAUUUGGGGCCAGUCCUACUCACUGUUUAUUUAUUUAUGUCUUGGUUUAUUUGAUGUGAAAAAAAAAACUGUAUUUACUGCAGCUAAAUAUAAAAACUUGACUGUAUGAAAAGCUUUUCACUUUAAAAGGAAGUGAACCCUGGACAGAGCUUUAUCUUUAUGACUUACUACGUAGUUGACUGUGAGUAGGCGCGUUUCAGACACCCUCGUUCUCAUUUGGAAAUGUCAUUGAACCUCAGAUUAGCAUGUAGCGCAAACAUUAAUAUUUCACUGGCAUAAAUGCAUGUUUCUAAACAAUCAGGAUAUUUUUCAAGCCUGUUUCUUAUUAGUUAAGUAACAGAGAGUUGUAACUUAUAAUGACCCCCCCCCCCCAAAAAACCAUGUUUAAGGGAAUACUUGAAUGGAUAUUGGAAGCAUGUUCUCAUAAAGUUUAAUCUCAUGAUCAGUAUUUUUGAACAGGCUUAUCCCUGUUGACAAUCUGAAAGGGAAUAUUCUAUUUUACAAAGAUAUAUACACACAUUAAUCAGCACUUUAUUUUAGCAGACUUAGAAAAAAAAACAGCUGUUGUAAAGAAGACGACUUCUUGGUUGGAUCUGCAUGUGAUUUUUAAGAGAAUGUUUUUGAAUCCUUGAUUGGCAGGUAUAAUAAAGGCUAACAUGAGGUUGCUGGCAACUUUUGAAAACCUGCAAGAAAGAGACUGUUUGAGUGCUCUUAUUGAGAAAAUAAUUUGAAGUGUGCAAACUUGUCAUUUAUGCAUCAGAGCUUCCUUUUUGUGACCAAAUUAAUGUCUUGUCCUUAGAGAUACUAGAUUUUUAAAAAUGUAUGCCUAAUCUUUUAUGUAUGUAUGCUGUCAAUGCUUUGUUUGGGACAUCCUGGUUAAUAUCUUGAAAUUUGAAGAUAUGGGUUGAAUGUUUAUUGCACUUACUGUUCUCUGAUUGAUGGAAACCGAUUUAUUUAUCAAACAUCAUUUAUUGUGUUUGUUGAUGAUCUUCAACUCAUUUUAAAAUAAAAAAUGCACUGAA